ACAGAGCCUUGUCAUUAGAAGUACAUGUCGAGGUUGUCGCUGUGGGGAGAGGGAUGUCUCUUCAACCCAAUGUCCGAGUUUAAUAAAAUAGUUGUCAAGUCGUGUGGAGUAUCCGUCACUGAGUUUCUCAUGAUUUAUCUCAAGUCGCGGGGCCGGUUCAUUGCAAGACCUUUACCACCGGUGCUGGACUGGAAGGUGAUUAUUCGAGACAUUACAGACCAGGACAAACUACUGUACAACGACUGUGUCGAGAUGUGGCAAGCCAUCCUUGCCGUCAUGAAGGACAACAGGCAACCAAACAUGGAUUCAGCAUCAAAAAAACUCGCUCGCAAAAAUGAUGGAAGCUACUGGGGAACUCAUCAGAGUUUCUUUUCUGCCUUGCUACUAAGCUUCAGUUUACCCUCAUUGGAAGAAAUAACUAAAGCCUACCCGCAAGAGGAUUGGGCCUAUAUCAUUACUCUUGCCUUUACGGGUCAAAAGGCCCUCUUGAGAGACUAUGCAUGUGUGGACUCGAAGCUACCUCCCUCUAUGACGCGGACAAGAUUAAAUGAUGCACUUGGUCUCGUUGGGUUGCGUUUCCUACCAAGUCUCAAGGGUGCACCAUUCAGCCAAGAUGAUGAUUCAUCAUCCUCCAUUAUCGCCUCACCCAUCACCACCACCACCAGCACUACAACAGCAGAUACAGGAGGAGAGUUGCAAUGCGCUCAAGACUUAUUACACCAUCAUGAAACUACUACUAGUACGGGCCCUCAAACCAAGAUUCCUCGCUUGGAUUUCCCAGACUGCCGAAGCAGCAGCAGCAGCAGCAGCAGUAGACAGUCGUCAUCGCCUGAAGAAGAAGAAGAAGAAGGAUCAUUCGUACACGAGUCUGACCAAGGGCAGGUGGAUGAUCAUAGUCUUGAGGCAAGAAGAAAUGACCACGACUGGGAGCAUGUUCUAACUAUGUGUGGGGCUGACGUGCAAAUUAAAAAGGGGUUCACAGUUAGUGAGGACCAAAUCAGAUCCCUAAUCUCCAUGUAUCAAGCUCUGGAGGCUCGUUUGCCCACUACACCAAUUGAUUACCUAUUUGAAAUGUUUGGAGGAGAGGAAAAUGUAGCCGAAAUAACGGGUCGAACGAAUCGAGUUGUAGAUGGGGAAAUUGUUAGUAGGAAAAUCGAUUGUAUCAAACAACAAAAGAGAUUCCAGAAUCAAGAGUGUAAUGUGAUCAUCCUGUCUGACAAGGGCUCAACUGGCAUCAACCUCCACGCCCAGGUGACUGAAGCAAAUCUCACCCCAAAGAAAAGGCUUCACAUUUGUGCAGAGCUCCCAUGGUCGGCAGAGAGAACUACUCAGGGAUUCGAGCGGACCCAUCGAAGCGGAGAGAAAUAUCCUCCAAGUUACAAGAUCCUAACCACAAAUGUUCCCGGACAGUUGCCCUUUGUCGUGAGCAUCGUGGAGCGUCUGGCCAAACAAGCUGCGAUAUCAAGUGGAGAUCGGUACGCGGGCGAGGGGAUUGACUUGGACACUUGUCUCUCCAUCGAUGCAAAAGUAUCAAAUCUGGCGUGCCGUAAGGUGAUAAGUGAGUUUGUGGCACGGAUAGAGCGCCACGACAUGGUUGAAUAUGCACAGGAUGCUUACGCAACAGGACUUGUGACCAAGGGGGACGGCGAGAAUGAUGGUGGUGGUUUGGGGAAACCAACGGUCGGGAGAAACUCAAAAACCUUGGCAAAAGUAUACAACCGUGUGCUUGGAAUGAAGAUUGACACUCAAAAGUACUUUCACGCCUUAUUCACCUGCGCCGCCCAGACCGAGUUGGAUCAUGCAAAAGAGAUUGGUCAAUUUGACCAUGGUUUGAAACUUGUUAGCUUCUUGUGUAAACUAAAAAGCAACCCCAAGUAUGAUGUAAUCUACCCGCUAAGAAGUGGUCAAGUCAGCCUCUGGACCAUACUUGUAGAUAGGGGACUCCCAUGGAAUAAGUUACAACUCGUUGUUAAUGACUCUCCUAGUGCUAGUGUCGACUACUACAUCAAGGGAGAAAAUCAAAUUAUUUGUGCAAUAAAACACAGGAAAAACUCGACAAAGCUUCGAUUGUAUACUCCUUAUAAUGUUGAGCAUCGUCUAGUUGAUGCUGACCAUAUUCAACGAUUCAAUUGGAAAAAGCUGGACUGUCCCGUUGAGGCGAAAACAUGGUGGAAUAGGAUCUUGUCAAUGACUGCAAAGCUAAACACUUGCCACCACAAAAUGCUUGACAUCGAGUCCCCCCUUUGUUCGUCCAAAUGUGAGGGUGGAGUUCGAUGCGCUAUUCGACAUGUCAUUGUGGGAGAUGUCAUUUCCGCAUGGCAUGAGCUCACCACUGUCCUUAGUGCGUGUCCUCAAUCCAUCUUUAUGACCGUCUUUAGGAAACGGGAUGACGGAAAAUCUGAUCCCAUAAACCAAGUGGGAGUAUUGAUUCCAACCAACGCGGUUGACGCAUUGCAAGAGGCUCUGGCAAACAGGGUCCGGCAUGACGAGGAGCAACCCUACCUCUCUCAAGACACCCCAAAUGAUGAUGAUGAGGAUGAAGAUGGCGACGACGAGGCGGAGGAUGAUGAAGCUGUCAACUUUAACCCGGAAACGUCAGAAUCCGAUUACUCGACCAGUGAAUCCGCUAGUGGGGAUGAUGAUGACGGGUCAGAUUGCGACGAAACAAUUGACGAUGAAACAAUGUCCAUUAAUUCAGAUGAGGAUACAGACUAG